CAACACCAUAGUUUUCCAAUGACGAUGUCGUUCUCAGAGUAAAAUUAGAUUGGUGUGCAUUCUUUUGUGCUGGUGGCAGUAAUUUGAGAACGAGUAUGUUACAGGAGAUAAACAACACGGCAAAUGUCUUCUUGACACCACCAGUCACCACGAUGGAAAAUAUGGACAAAACUGUUGUUAUUUCAGCCAAAAAUUCAAAACCGAAGCGGAUUAUUGGUGGAAAAGGCUCCAGGGUAGCUCAUCAAAUUCCAGAUGAAAUCCUCAACAAUCACGAACUGAAAGAUGCUAUCAGCCAGCUUCCAUCGAACUACAACUUUGAAAUCCCCAAAACAAUAUGGCGCAUCAAGAAUGUAGGAGCUAAUAGAGUUGCCUUACAGUUUCCUGAGGGACUCUUGAUGUUUGCCUGCACCAUAGCAGAUAUAAUAGAAAAAUUUACAGAUGCUGAUACAUUGAUUAUGGGCGAUGUGACGUAUGGAGCAUGCUGUGUGGAUGAUUAUACUGCUAAAGCACUAGGAGCGGACUUCAUGGUUCAUUAUGGCCACAGCUGUCUGGUCCCCAUCGGCACCACUGAGGGAAUUAACAUGCUGUAUGUAUUUGUUGAUAUUCGGAUCGAUACCGCACACUUGGUCGACACAAUCAGGCAUAACUUCCAGUCUGGUGCCUCUAUGGCUCUCGUCAGCACCAUCCAGUUUGUAGCAGCGUUACAGUCUGCCUAUGAGGAGCUCCAAGAUGACUAUAAGGUGAAGAUCCCACAAUGUAAACCACUGUCACCCGGUGAGAUACUCGGCUGUACAGCUCCAAGGCUCAGUGACGUAGACAACAUCAUUUAUUUAGGAGAUGGUCGGUUCCACCUCGAGGCUGUCAUGAUAAGCAAUCCGGACAUUCCAGCAUACAGGUAUGAUCCGUACAGUAAAGUAUUCAGCAGAGAGUAUUACGAAACCGAGAGGAUGCACGCUGCGAGACAAACAGCCAUCAAGCAAGCUUGUAAAGCCCAACGCUUUGGUCUCAUCAUGGGAACUCUAGGCAGGCAGGGAUCACCUAAAGUACUGGAGCAAUUACAAACACGUCUAAAGGCAGUCGGGAAGGAUUACGUGCUGGUCCUCCUAUCAGAGAUCUACCCAGAUAAACUCAAGCUUCUGCAAGAUGUUGAUGCAUGGAUCCAAGUAGCCUGCCCUCGCUUGUCCAUUGACUGGGGAUACGCAUUUGAGAAACCUCUGCUUUCACCAUAUGAGGCUUCAGUUGUUUUAGAAUCAAUUGAAUGGCAAGCCACCUACCCUAUGGAUUUCUACUCCAAUGGAAGCCUCGGGCCUUGGGCAGUCAACAAUGAGGCCAACCUCCCCCCAAAGCCACCAAGAAAAACAAGACCCAUCGGGAAACGCGCUCCUGGAGCUUCUCCCAGGACUAUCGCGGUGGAAAGUUUAGGGGACACAAAAAGAGUAGCAGAUGUGAGCGACAAAACUACAGAGUCUGCAGAUGGAACUAAUAGUUCAUCUGCUGGAGCGUGCGGAACCUGUGAACAUUGUUCAUGUCAAGAGAGUGGAGAAACAACUUGACAGUCCACGGC